AUGACAGACUGUCAAGGAGAUGCUGCGAGAAGUCCAAUGGAGCUCUAUGAGAAACUGACAGCGCAGGGUGACAUAGUGAGGACUUUAAAAUCGACUAAAGCUGAAAAGGCUGAAAUUGAUGGCGCGGUCCAGUUACUGCUCAAGUUGAAAGUGGAUUACAAACGGGUUACUGGUCAAGACUACAAAGCAGGAUGUCCGCCAUCUGAAAAUUCACUUACCUCUGAAAACGGCUUAGACGGCAACGAUGAUGGUGGUGAUGAAGUUAACCCUUGGAAUGUCUCCACAAAUGACGCAAAGGGUGUUGAUUAUGACAAACUCAUUGUACGCUUUGGUAGCAGUAAAAUUGACCAAGCGUUGGUGGACAGAAUAGAGAAAGUGACAGGACAGAAACCACAUCACUUUCUUCGUCGAGGAAUAUUCUUCUCACACAGAGACAUGCAUCAAGUACUGGACACAUAUGAGAAGCACAAGCCCUUCUUCCUGUACACUGGCAGAGGUCCAUCAUCGCAGGCCAUGCAUGUAGGCCACCUCAUCCCCUUCAUCUUCACCAAAUGGUUGCAAGACGUUUUCGACAUUCCCUUGGUGGUUCAACUGACAGAUGAUGAGAAGUACCUGUGGAAGGACCUGACACUAGAGCAAUGCCACCAGUUUGCUGUGGAGAACGCCAAGGAUAUCAUCGCGUGCGGUUUUGACAUCAACAAGACUUUCAUCUUCUCCGACCUGGACUACAUGGGUGCAUCACCGCAGUUCUACAGGAAUGUAGUGAAGAUCCAAAAGCAUGUGACUUUCAACCAAGUCAAAGGAAUCUUUGGCUUUACAGACAGUGACUGUAUCGGAAAAAUCAGCUUCCCAGCCAUCCAAGCAGCUCCUUCCUUUAGUAACUCUUUUCCACACAUCUUUGGAGACAAAAAAGACAUUCAGUGUCUUAUCCCGUGUGCCAUAGACCAGGACCCCUACUUCCGAAUGACGCGCGACGUGGCUCCGAGAAUCGGCUAUCCCAAGCCGGCCUUGUUGCACUCCACUUUCUUCCCCGCCCUACAGGGAGCGCAGACCAAGAUGAGCGCCAGUGACGCCAAUUCGUCGAUCUUUCUCACCGACACAGCCAAACAGAUCAAGAACAAAAUCAACAAGUAUGCAUUUUCGGGAGGGAAAGACACGAUUGAGGAACACCGAAAGUAUGGCGGCAAUGUAGACGUGGACGUCUCCUUCAUGUAUUUGACCUUCUUCCUGGAAGAUGACCAGAAACUACAAAAAAUAAGAGAGGACUACUCAAGCGGCGCACUCUUGACCGGAGAACUGAAGAAGAUCUUGAUCGAAACCCUGCAGCCAAUCAUAGCUGAGCAUCAGGAGCGACGCAAGCAAAUUACGGACGAAGCAGUCAAGCAGUUCAUGACACCCCGGCGUUUGAAUUUUAACCACUAA